AUGUUCCAAAGCAAAACACAUCUCUUGCGGCUAGUAAUAGUUCAGCACUUUUUCUUCUACAUUCCGAUUGCCGUUCUCGCCGGCAGUCUGGCAACUAUGAACGGCACCGACUAUCUGCUGAUUGCACGAUGUCGAUCAAACUGUACGUACGAUAAACAGUGUAACAACAAAUGCGUGAAGAACUAUCUGGAAAAUUCGGCGUACAAAAAAUAUGGCGACUGUCCACCGAAACCACCGAGCAAGCUGGACACCAUAUGCCUCAACACGUGCGACGGUCUGGACUACAAGUGUCCGGGCGUGGAACGGUGCUGCGAGCACUCGUGCGGCCAAAGCUGCCAGACGCCCCAAGGGCUGGAUAAAAUCAAGGGGCUGCCACCGGUGCCGUUCCACGUGUCGCUGCUCGAGAAGGGGCGCAAUUACCGAACCGCACGGAUUCAGUGGGACAUGAAGCUGGAGGAGGAACCGAGCCCGACGUAUUACGUCGUCGAGUCACGCUUCCACAUCGGCAAGACGUACGCCGAGCACCGGAUGGAGAACGACUGGCAGCUGCAUAUGCCGGGCAGCUUCAUCCAGGACAAUCUGGGCACGCUGAAGCGGUACAUCGGCGAGCUGAAACUGAAGCCCGGCCGAUGGUAUCAGGUACGCGUGGCCGCUGUCAAUGAAAUGGGAACCCGUGGCUACUCGGUACACUCGCAACCGUUCCAGCUCAGUAAAAGACCGAAUCCACCGCAGCCACCGAAAAGUCUCACCGUUGGUCCGCUGGUGCUGAACGAGAACCGAACAUACAACUGUCGCGUUUCGUGGAAUCUCUCGAAAUCGGAUCUUCCGGUGGAGAAGUACAAGCUCAGCUGGAGCCUUUACCUCAACUAUACCGGCAACCGCUCGAAGACGGACAACUCUUCGCUGUUCAAGGAGAUGGCAACCAUUACGGCGCCUAUCCGACACUACGACAUCCAGGGACUGCUGCCCAAUCGCUACUACUAUCUUCAGAUCCAAGCCAUCAGCGUGUACGGCAAGGCACGUCUCAAGUCGGCAGCCAACCAAUUGCUGGUGAACACCUCCAGUCCGCCUGGCCAUGAUGGCGUCGUUAAUCUUGACAACCUGCUCAUGGGUGACGCAGCCUACCGUCGACCCAAGGCACAUCCUGGCCUGAGGGAAGGGUCACAGCAGCUGGCAGGCCGUGUCGGAUCAGCCGGUAUACCCACCGGAACGAUCCGGCAUCAGUUUGUCCUGCGCAAAACUGGUCUGACGGUACGGCUCAGCUGGUCCGAGAAGGGCUUCGGGCGCUACCGUGUACACAUGUGUCGUGGAAACCGUGACUGUUUGAUGACGGCUUCACGAGGGAACGGAACCCACUCCUGGCACGAUGUUGUCCUGCGGCGCAAUACGUACGAGUUCAACAAGCUCGAGUUUGACACACGAUAUACGGUCGGUGUGCGGAUAGGUGGCCACCGACGUGGUCCCGGGUACGACAUUGUUCGAACGUUUGGCACACCAAAGUGCGAGCAGAUACCGAGUGACGAGCUGGCCAAUGUUCUGCCGGCAAAUUUGCCCCCGGAGUGCAACGUGUGAAAUAAAAUUCGGUUGACAGUUAAAACACGGAACGAUAACUUCGUCACUGUGCAAUGCAGAUGUAGAACGUUUUCAGAGUUAUCGUCGAUAUCUGUUUGAUUGCUCCCGCUGUUCCAUAGUAGUGUCUCCUGUUUUCCUAUUGCCAUCUGAAUUACCAUAGAUCAAUUGUGCUGCCAUCGUUAGCGUGUAACCAAUUUUUUUUAAUAU